GACACUCACACCGUCAUUGUUAUCGGUUCAACCGAACAACCUGCAUGUUAUGUUCAUCACCGCUCCAUUCAUAACCCAAAAACCUUAAACAAUCUUGUACCCAACAAAUAAACCAAGAUGAAUGCAUUAACCUUGCAAGUUGUUUCCCCUGUUCCGACCGAUAUCGAUAUCGCAAAUUCGAUCGAACCGCAACACAUUUCGGUCAUUGCCAAAAAUCUGAACCUGAAUUCCAAUCAUUAUGAUCUGUAUGGAAAAUAUAAGGCUAAGGUUUUGUUACCCGUGAUCGAUGAACUCAAAGGAGUUAAAGACGGGUACUACGUCGUUGUCGGAGGAAUAACGCCAACGCCCCUCGGAGAAGGCAAAUCCACGACUACAGUCGGUCUUUGUCAAGCGUUGGGAGCUUAUCUCGAUAAAAAGGUCGUCACGACGCUCAGACAACCAUCACAAGGACCAACAUUCGGUAUCAAAGGCGGUGCCGCUGGCGGGGGAUACAGUCAAGUCAUCCCUAUGGAUGAGUUUAAUCUACAUAUGACAGGUGACAUACAUGCCAUAACCGCCGCAAACAACCUUCUAGCUGCUGCCAUCGACACACGAAUGUUUCAUGAAUCAACACAGUCCGAUAACGCCCUUUUUAACCGGUUAUGUGCGCCCAACAAGCAAGGUAACCGAAGAUUUAACGAUGUUAUGUAUAAGCGGUUGAAAAAGCUCGGUAUCACUAAAGUCAAACCCGAGGAUCUGAAUCUAGAGGAAGUCAAAAGAUUCGCAAGGCUCGACAUCGACCCGGAUUCGAUAACAUGGAGAAGGGUUAUGGAUGUAAACGACCGGUUCUUGCGGAAAAUAACCGUCGGUCAGGGGUUGGAUGAGAGAGGGAUGGUGAGAGAAACGGGUUUCGACAUUUCGGUUGCUAGUGAGAUAAUGGCGGUUUUGGCGCUCACUACGUCUCUAGCCGACAUGAGGCAGCGGCUCGGGAGAAUGGUGAUCGGCAAUAGUCGAGCCGGUGAUCCCGUUACCGCUGAUGAUCUCGGUGUUGGAGGCGCGUUGAGUGUGCUAAUGAAAGACGCGAUCAACCCGACUCUAAUGCAGACUCUUGAAGGCACGCCGGUUUUCGUUCACGCGGGCCCGUUUGCCAACAUAGCUCACGGGAGCUCCUCGAUUGUCGCAGAUAAGAUCGCAUUGAAGUUGGUGGGCCCGGGUGGAUUUGUUGUGACGGAAGCAGGGUUUGGGUGUGAUAUAGGAAUCGAAAAGUUCAUGAACAUAAAGUGUCGGUAUAGCGGGUUGAGACCUCAAUGUGUUAUUAUCGUGGCUACAGUUCGCGCUCUUAAGAUGCACGGUGGUGGACCGCCGGUCACCGCUGGGAAGCCGCUUGAUCCAGUUUACGUUACUGAAAAUGUUGCACUUGUGGAAGCUGGUUGCGCGAAUCUGUCUAGGCACAUUAGGAAUACGAAGGCUUACGGUGUGAACGUUGUGGUCGCGAUUAACCAGUUCUCGACUGAUACGGAUGCAGAAAUAGGAGCCGUGAGGUUGGCUGCGUUAACCGCUGGUGCGUAUGAUGCGGUCCUCUGCACUCACCAUGCCCAUGGUGGAAAAGGAGCGAUUGACCUUGGGGUCGCGGUUCAAAAGGCGUGUGAAAGUGCGACCGGGCCUUUUAACUUCUUGUAUCCUUUGGAUGCAAGCAUUGAAGACAAGAUAGACGCAAUAGCAAAAUCAUACGGUGCAUGUGGUGUCGAAUACUCGAAACAGGCGGAGAAGCAGAUUAAAAUGUAUAGCAAACAAGGGUUCUCGGGACUCCCGAUCUGCAUGGCGAAAACUCAGUACUCGUUUUCAGAUAACCCUGCGGUGAAAGGAGCGCCCUCGGGAUUCGUGUUGCCGAUUAGGGACGUGAGGGCGAGCAUCGGUGCGGGGUUUAUAUAUCCGUUGGUGGGGACCAUGAGCACAAUGCCCGGGCUUCCUACCAGACCUUGUUUUUACGACAUUGAUCUUGAUACUGCUACUGGGAAGGUAAAAGGGCUUUCAUGAAUUUAACUUUUUUACGGUUUCAUAAUCAUGUUUUCGGUUUGUUAUACUACAUGUUGUUAGUUAAAAAAUGUUGGAUUAACCACCCUUUUGAGUUUUUAAUCGGUUGAAAUUACCGAAGAAGAGUUCGAACAAAUGCUUUAUUUGCCA